AUGGAUGACUUUGGGGAAGCAAAUGGCAGUUUUGCCAUCACCUUAUUAAAAAUGUUGGGUGAAGAAUACAACUCACAGAAUGUGUUCUUUUCUCCCCUGAGCAUCUCCUCUGCCCUGGCCAUGGUCUUCAUGGGGGCCAAAGGAGACACUGCAGCCCAGAUGUCCCAGGCACUUUGUUUGAAUAAGGCUGGUGAUGUCCACCAAGGUUUCCAGGAACUUCUCUCGGAUGUUAACAGAUCUGACACCCAGUACUUGCUCAGAACUGCCAACAGACUCUUUGGAGAAAAGACGUGCGAUUUCCUCCCAGACUUUAAGGAAUCCUGCCAGAAGUUCUAUCAGGCCGAGUUGGAGGAGCUGUCCUUUGCUAAAGACACCGAGGAAUGCAGGAAGCACAUCAAUGACUGGGUGGCAGAAAAGACUGAAGGUAAGAUUUCAGAGAUUUUGGGUGUUGGCACCGUUGAUCCACUGACCAAACUGGUUCUGGUGAAUGCAAUCUACUUCAAAGGCAGAUGGAAGGAGCAGUUCGACAGGAAGCACACAAGGGGGAUGCCCUUCAAAGUUAACCAGGAAAAAAAGACAGUGCAGAUGAUGUUUAAGCAUGACAAAUUUAAAAUGGGCUGUGUGGAGGAGGUGCAAAGCCAGGUCCUGGAGCUGCCCUAUGCGGGGGAGGAGCUGAGCAUGGUCAUUCUGCUUCCUGAUGAAGGCAUGGAUCUUGCAGUGGUGGAAAAGGCACUUACAUAUGAGAAGUUCAGAGCUUGGACGGAUCCAGAAAACAUGAGUGAGAUUAAAGUUCAAGUUUUCCUUCCCCGGUUAAAACUGGAGGAGAGCUAUGACUUGGAAUCUUUUCUUCGAAGUUUAGGAAUGACUGAUGCUUUUGAGGAAGCCAAGGCAGACUUUUCUGGAAUGUCAACUAAGAAGAAUGUGCCCGUGUCUAAGGUUGCACACAAGUGCUUUGUAGAGGUCAAUGAGGAAGGCACAGAGGCGGCUGCAGCCACUGCUGUCAUCAGGAAUUCCCGGAGCAUCAGAAUAGAGCCAAAAUUCUGUGCAGAUCACCCAUUCCUUUUCUUCAUCAGGCACCACAAAACCAACAGCAUCUUGUUCUGCGGCAGGUUCUCUUCUCCAUAA